UCUGCUAAACCUGGUGUUAGGGUACCUCUUAUUAGUAUUUACCUGAACAAAAAAUGGAAGAAAUUGAUGAACUUGAUCAGCUAGACGAACUGCUACGUGCUGACUUUGUUGAAGAAAAUAAUACAAAUAAAAAUGGAACAAGUUUGCGUGAAGUUAAUAUUUUCGAAAAUAGUGAAGCUUGUGGGGAUACCUCUGAGAUAAAUGUACCAACGACAUCAGCUGUUCACAACGGUGACACGGACUCCUCAGAUGACGAGGAAAAGAGAAACUGCACCGAACGCAAGUACAACGAUUACGGAACGCAUAUUAAAAAAACUUUAGAUAACCAAGAUCAGGAACAUGUAGACAGGAGAAUCGAUUUCGAAAGUAGACUACGACAAACAAAUAUCGACGCUAAAGUCGCGCGAAAAGCUUCGUUUUCAAAAAAACCUUUUCCCACGUCAGAUCAAAAUAAUAAAGGCAUAUUCUGUGCCCCAGAAAUUAAAAACAAGGGUCCUUCUGAUGUCUAUACCGAUCCCAUUUUCGGAAUUAGAAUUACAAAACCGUUAAUCUCAAGUAGUGCACUAUUAGACAGAAUGCAAGGACGGGAGGCGGUCAAUAUGCUUAGAGUAAAGAGGUAUGUCGAAAAUGAAGAUUUAUCUAAAGACUGGGUUAUAGCUGGUGUAAUAGUGAGAAAAAGUAGUGCUAAGAAGUCACAAAAGGGCAACAAUUUUGUUAUAUGGACCCUUAGUGACCUAAAAGACGAUUUAAAAACCAUUUCAUUGUUUUUAUUCCGUAAAGCUUACAAUGAAUUAUGGAAAACAUUAGAAGGGACUGUAGUAGCUAUUCUGAACCCUAAUGUUCUUGAUAGGUCACAGAAUUCGGCAGAUCAAGCUUGUCUGAGUGUAGAAAAUUCAGACAGAGUAAUGGUUUUAGGUCAAUCCAAAGACUUAGGUAUAUGUAGAAGCAAAAAGAAAAAUGGAGAACCAUGCACAGCUUUUGUAAACUUAAAUCAAUGUGAACAUUGUAUUUAUCAUGUUAAGCAAGAGUACCAGAAAUACUCACGAAGACAAGAACUACAAUCCUCCACAAUGGGCAAAGGCCUUGUCAACUUGCAAAACAAAGUAUUUGGGAAAAGUACUUUCAUAUAUGGGGGUAAAUCCUAUGCUGCUUUACCUAAAGGUGAUCAUAAAAAGGUUAAAGACAGAGAUGAUACAAGAUUAAUGUCCCUUAGUGACUAUUAUAAGUCUGAAGCUGAUAGCUUGAUGACCAAUAAAGCACCAUUAGGUGCAGGUGCAAUGAAAGGAAAUACUGGAUUACUGCAUAGCCCAACUGCACAGAGGCUUACUGAUACACAAAGGCUUAGCAAUCUCACCAAUGUUAAUAAAAAUAAUGAUAAAUUGCAAAAUCAGAGCUUAGCAGAAAAAGUAGCAAACUCACCUACACUAGGAAAAGGAUUUCGUUUAAAAGGCAGUGGAUUUGUAGAUCUAAGCAUGUCAUACAGCCAAAGAAAUGCAGAGAAAACUAAACUCAAUGCAAUAAGGCUUAUUCAACAGAAAGGUGGGCUUGAAAAACAUGAUCCUAUGAACACAAAAGGUACUGAGACUGGAAAGAAAAGAGCUUUAGACAUGUUGAAUAAUUCAACUAGUGAUGAAAAUGAAAGCAAGAGGACUAAGGCAAAUGAGGAGGAAUAUAAAAAACUCAAGCCUAUAAUGUCUGAGAGGUUUAAAAAGAUUUUAGAAGCCACAUCCGCUCAUGGGAAUUUAAUAAAACAGCAUGAGGAUGAUGAACAGGAGAAAUACUUCAACAAACUUGAGAAAAAGGAGGCAAUGGAAGAAAAAAUGUUGAAUACAUUUAAGCUAGCUUGUAAAGCAGUGAGAUGUGCAAAAUGUAAGUACACUGCUUUCUCUGCAGCACAGAUAUGUAAAGAUGAAAGACAUCCACUGAAAGUAUUAGACACAUUCAAAAGGUUCUUUAAAUGUGCAGAUUGUAACAACAGGACUGUUUCAUUAGAAAUAUUACCUCUAAGAUCAUGUAGCAAUUGCAGUGGAUCUCGAUGGGUAAAAGCACCUAUGCUUCGUGAAAAGAAAGUCACAUCACUGUCUGCUGGCUUAUCAAUAAGAGGAGAGGAAGAAAGUUAUAUAGGUGGGCAGGUUACUGCAGGGAAAAAUAUUGACUUGUUAGUACCUGAUAGCUAAUAGAUAACAGACAUUAAUUCAUGCUGAUAAUAUUUCGUAUAUUAACUUUUCUAAAUUAGGCUUUGAUCUUUUUAUGAGCAGAAUUUUACGAUAAAUAAAUUAUUAAACAUAGUUCUAAUAUCAGCAGGUUGCACUAAAUAUUAUAAAUGUCAUCAAUUGUUAUGUCUGAUAGCACAAAUAAGGCAAUAUAUUUAUUAAUAUUUUCCUAUCUUUUCUGUUGUCAUUUUUGUAUUUGUAAUAUAAUAGCCUGCUGGAUUCAGUAAUUUAAGUAAUAUGGUGGUGCCAAUUAUUCCUUGAUACCUAAAAGUAAAUUUAUACAAUUGGCACAACACAUGGCAAGAAUUAAUUUGAUGAAACUAAAUAUAUUGCUGCGAUUUAAAUAUUUUGGGACUUAUAUACUUAUUUUUAAACAUU